UUUUAACCUCAAAUUGUCAACUGAAAACCUUACGUAGAAAAUAUUUCGUAUAAGAUAUCUUUGAAAAGGAUUUUUCAGAAAUUGAUCAUGCUAUGUCUUGGUUGUCUACUUUGGGUGGAGCAUUUUCUGCUUUAGGAGAAGAAUUUCAACAAUGUGCACAGAUGGCUGGAAAAAUUUCCAUGAAGCAAUUUGAACUAGCACUUCGUCUCAGAGAUCCCUUUUUAAUUGCUCGUUGUAAACUAUAUACUGCCUUAAGCUUAAUUCAACAAGGCCAAUUAAAAAAACCAAAAAGAAUGAUAAGGUGUAUUUACAAAUUUUCUAUAAGUCGGAAUGACAUUCGUUUGCAAAAUAUGUGUCAAGGUGUAUGGGCAAAACUUCAAUAUUGUUAUAAAAUACGAAACGAACCGCAUAGAACUGUUUAAUAUUAGUGAUAUAUAAAAUUUCUAAAUAUAGUUUAAGAUUAGGUUAAUUAAAUUUGAUAUUUAUGUUUAGAAACAAAUAAUUUGUGUAAAAUAUUGUUUCCAAAGAUGUAUUUUUUGUAAUUAUUAAAUGAAUGUUACUAAAAGAUAUUUGUUAAAUCAAAAGUAAUGACUAAACAUAUAAA